UAAGGAAUUCUUCAUAUGCUACGAAGUCAAAUGUCAAUGAGAUUUUUGUAAUAGAAAAUUUCAAACAAUUGUCGUGAUGGUACACACCUUCAUUGUAUAUUCAAGUCGAUCUCCUCUUUCUCUCUCUCUCCUGCAUCAUCACCAAAAUGGAUGCUUUUGAGACUCAUUUACCGAAGGAGAUCGUGUCUGAUCCUCUCUACAACUCCUUUAACCCAAGGAGUGAAGAGUAUGUCCGCCGGCAGCGCGCAGUCUUUGACUUGGACAAAAACGGUUUUAGCCCGCUUCAUGCAGCUGCAGCAGCCGGGCAAGUAGAGACUGUGAAGGCAACUUUGGGGGUUGAAAAGAAGCUUUGCCGCCUCAAAGAUAGAGAUGGAAAGACUCCUCUUCAUGUGGCAACGAUGACAGGGAAAAUCGAUGUGAUCAGAGAGAUUGUAGCGAGCUGUGGUGAUUGCAUAGAAGACGAGACGGUACAAGGUCAAACUGCUUUGCAUCUUGCUGUUCUGCACCAAGAGAUCGAAGCAGUCAUAGCCAUUGUUGAGUUGAUCACAGAGACAAAUCGAAUUGAUGUGUUGAACAAGAAAGAUGAACAGGGUAACACUGCUCUUCAUCUUGCAACCUGGAGAAAAAAUCGCCAGGUGAUUGAAGUGUUGGUUCAGGCAAUACCAGAAGAGUCUAGGUCAUUUGAGGUGAAUGCUAUGAACAAGAUGGGUCUAUCUGCGAUGGAUUUGCUGGUUAUGUUUCCAAGCGAAGCUGGCGAUAGAGAAAUCUAUGAGAAACUCAUCGAAGCUGGAGCUCAGAGAGGGCGAGACAUUGGUACCACUAAUGUCGAGAGAACCACUUCUACUUCCACAUGCCAAGAGAGGGCAAUGGAGUCUCAAAGCCACAAAGAACUUGUUAAGUACUUCACUUUCAAAAAGCACAGAGACUCACCAUCAGAAGCACGUAGCGCGUUACUAGUGGUGGCUUCACUAGUCGCCACUGCCACGUUUCAGGCCAGCUUGACUCCACCAGGUGGAACUUGGCAAGAUAGCUCAAUACCUGCUGUAUCCCAGAACACAACGAGUGUGAAUACUACUAAUCAACAAGCUCAUAUAGCAGGGCAAUCUAUCAUGGGGACUUUCAACGGAGUUGCUUUCACUUUGUUUGUGUUCUUUAACACAAUUGGGUUUUCGGUUUCACUUUCUAUGCUCAACAUUCUCACCCUCGGGUUCCCAUUGCGGUUCCAGCUUCAGAUCUGUAUGACUGCUAUGUAUUUCUCGCACAACACGGCCAUGACCAGCAUUGCACCUGAUCAUGUCAAGCUUUACUGUAUUCUCAUCACAUCCAUCCUCGCUGCUACCACCCCGAGUUUGAUGAGGUUGCUCGAGCAGCCUAUUGGCAUGCUCACUCAAUUCUUGGACUCCAGGUCCCAGAAAUUUUGCUCCAUGAUUUCACUUUCAUGUAAACGUUUUGUAACAUAAUAGUAGCCAGUUCAAUAUCUAC